CUUCAGCCAAUUGAUUUUAGACUUGGUGGGUACUGCAGAUUUAACUAUAUCACUAAGUCCAUGUAGAACGUACCUAUACCUCCAUAGUUGUUCGUGGCAGCAGCCGUGGAAGUCAAAGCUCCUUCGUACUCAAUUGUCGCUAGCAGCACAGCACCUGCCUCACCUCCCAGAACCUAUCCACCGUAGCCUCCGGUUCAUAAGGCUGUUCUAUCCUCACCUCAAAUCCGUACCUGGUGAAGAGAGAGAGAGAGAGAGAGACCAGGCUACGAGAAAGCAAAAGGCGAAACAACAAUGGCAACCCGUCGUAUCAUCUCCACGGAGAAGACCAUCCUCGACCGGGACGACGAUGACGUCGCCAGCACUCCCGCGAGUAACACUGCGCCGGCGGUUCCUACCGACGUCAUCAUGAAGCUCCUUAUCUUCACCAUCGGCAUGGUGGUGAUACCCAUCGGGUCCUACUUCCUGACGGUGAACAACCUCUUCAACGGCAACUCCACGUACGCGGGCGGCCUCGCGGCCAUCAUGGCGAACGUCGUCCUCGUCGGCUACGUCAUCGUGGCCAUGAACGAGGACCAGUCGGACCAGCUCGAGGCAGAGAGGAAGAAGAAGAUCGGCAAGAAAGAGUAGGCGUAUGCCUGCGCGCUCGGCGGUCUUCGUCCUCCCCCUCUCCCCGGCCCGCUCCACCCGUGUAUAUCGUCCGUUCAAAUACGCUAGCAACCUCGCCUCGCCUCAUCCGCCGCAAUUUAUCCUAACUAGUCGGAUACUUUCCGAUAAACGCCCGCGCGCUCGUCGUGAACAAAGGAGAAAAACGGGGAGGAAAAAGAAAAAAAAAAAGAAAAAAGGAGGCAGUGGCACUGGACGCCCUAAUCCGCCCAACCUACUCGCCUA